AUGCCUUCAGCCAACGGUACAAAUGGUACAAAUGGCUCAGCUCAUGCCUGGACUCAACUUCCAUCAGCGAUGGGCAAGUCUGUCAAAGGACUCCAGAAGCUGCUAGACAACGAUCCACAAUGGCAAGCAUUCGUCAACACGAACGCUGUCAUCGAGCCUGUGACUAUGGGCGUAGCUAGCAAGGGUGGCGAUGCGAUCCUGGUCCACGUUGACCAGAAGCAGACGAAGACCUCAACAGGCUCGCAAGACAAGGCAGACUUCACGUUGAUUGCGAAUGGUGAACAGUGGGAGAAGUUCUUCGACGCUGACCCGAAAGCACCGUACCAGUCUUUUGUUGGGCUUCAGCCAGGGCAUGAACAUCAAGCAAGAGGCGUCGGAAUUCAAGGCAACCAGACCAAGUUCGCACAGAACUGCCAUCUGACCACUCGCCUCCUCGAGCUCCUGCGCGAAGGUCUGCAUGGUCCCAUGCCACAGGACUCCCAGACAGAGCCCACAGAGGACAAGAUCGUUGGGCGCUACAAGUACGUCGACUGCCCCGUUUGGGGUCGAACAAAGCUCUUCUACGAGACAACCGGCAACGGGCCCAUCCCCAUCGUCUUCCUCCACACCGCCGGCUCCGACUCCCGCCAAUACCACGGCGUCCUGAACGACGAGCGCAUGAUCGAAAAGUGCACCAUGUACGCCUUCGACCUCCCAGCACAUGGCCGAAGCUUCCCAGGCAGCAACUACAUCCCCGGAAACCACACCAACAACGAGGAAGCCUACGUCGGCACCAUCGCCGCCGUAGUCCAAGCCCUAGGCCUCGAAAAGCCCAUAAUAUGCGGGGCCAGCAUGGCCGGACAAGUCUGCGUCGCCGUCGCCAUCCGCGCAGCCGAAGUCGGCGCUGGCGGCACAAUCCCCAUGCAGGGAUGCGACUUCUUGACCAUGGACCGCACCUUCAACGACAAAUCCCCCGUAGUCAACCAAUCCCUCUGGAACCCAGACUGGAUCUACGGCAUGAUGAACCCGCACGCGCCGUACAUCAACCGCCAGCUGAUCUGGCAUAUGUACUCCGCCCAAGCCUACGGCAUCUUCCACGGCGAUCUCGACUUCUACUUUGGCGGCUUUGACGCCCGUGAUCGUGUAUCCGAUAUCGAUACUGAUGUUUGUCCGAUCCAUUUCCUGACGGGGGUGUACGACUGGUCUACUACGCCUGAGAUGUCGAAGGCUACGGCGGACAAGAUCAAGGGCGGGAAGUUUACUGCCAUGGAGGGACUCGGCCAUUUCCCUGCGACGGAGAAUCCGGGGACGUUCGUGCCGUACUUGCUUGAGGCGAUCAAGGGCAUUGAGGGUCAGAGAAAUGGUGGCCAAGGUGGAAGAUGGUGA